AUGGCUUAUGAAAAGGACUCUACGAAUUUCAACGACUUGGUGCCCAACGCCGAUAUUCAGGUAGCCUCAAAAGAGUAUAUAUAUGAGGACGACCAAGAGGACGUCUGGUCCUUACGCGAAGGACGCAUUGCCGAUACCCGGCUGAAUCAAAUAGCACGUACAAUCAACGAUGACAACGCCUUGGCCCUGAAGGCUCUGCUACCCACCGAAUACAGUGAUGAGGCAUUCUUUCCGGGGUCUCGCGGCCCGCUUCUCAAAGCACCAGAAGACCUGACUUUGCAACGCGCCACUGCUUUGGUAUGGGCAUCCGCGGGCAGUGUAAAUGUUGUCGAGGAUCCUCUAGACAGAGGGGCAAAUGUCUUGUCCGAACGAGGGAAAGUGUGGUCGGAGAAAUGGCCCACAAACUACUGCGCAGCUUUUUAUCUCGCAGCCAUGAACGGACACGCACACAUAUUGAAAAUUCUCUUCGAAGGUUAUCCAGAGCUCUUGGAGGCUCGAACCGUAUGGGGCCAGACAGCUCUGUUUUUGGCAGCGCAGGGAGGGAACCUCACUGCCGUGGAAGAUCUACUUGCAAGAGGUGCGGACCCUGCAGCAACAGACCCUUUUAAGGAAAUUGCGCUGCAUGUUGCGUGCUCCGGUGGUCACCUGCAAGUGUGCCAGGCUCUUCUCAGGAGCAUCAUACGCAAUGGGGGAAACUAUGAUCGGGCGACGGCUAAGGCAAUUAUAAAUGCGCCUGCGGCAAUAACAGAUUUCUUUCAGGAGGAAUAUCACUCUACAUUUCAGCUAAAGAAACGUCAAAUCUGGGAAAUCAUAUACGGCCCGCGACGCGUGAGAGUAUCUUGUACCUUGAAAGAACCAGUUGAGCUAGUGGAUACUUCGAGUUUUAUUUUAACCACUAUGUGA